ACAAACUGGCCUAGUCUUCCCCCCUCUCUCCCUCAGCCUCUCCCUAUAUAUAACCCAUUUCUCUUCCUUCUUUCCCUCCAACUCUCUCUCUCUAUCAAAGAUUCAAGCUUGCGCUGCAAGACAACACGGUAAAAUUUAAUUUUGCACUUGAUCACCCAGUGAUGGGAUUGCUACAAUUAUCAGCAAGUAAGAAUGGAAACUCUGUUUUGGUUCCAUACGAGUACGGAUCAUGGCUGUUAAAACAUCCUUCUUCCUUAGACACAUUCGAUCAAAUGAUGAGCAUCGCAAAAGGGCGUAAGAUAGUAGUGUUUUUGGAUUAUGAUGGAACUCUCUCAAAUAUUGUGGACGACCCUGAAAAAGCUUUUAUGACCAAAAAGAUGCGAUUUGCAGUACAAGAAGUUGCCCGUUGUUUUCCCACUGCAGUUAUAAGUGGAAGGGGCCGUGACAAGGUGCAUGACUUUGUAGAAUUGGACAAUGUUUACUAUGCGGGAAGUCAUGGGUUGGAUAUAGCAGCUCCAUCGCAGUCUCCAAACGAUGCAGAUCCCAAGCAUCAAACUAGGGUUGUUGACAGAAAGGGUAAUGAAGUAGUUCUCUUCCAACCCGCGAAGAAGUACUUGCCUGCAAUUCAAAAGAUUUUUAUUGCAUUGAAUGAGAAGACUAGAAGUAUAAGAGGCAUCUUGAUUGAACACAAUAAAUUCUGUAUUUCCGUACAUUUCAGACACGUUCGUGAUGAGGACUUUUGCACCCUUGAAAAGCUGGUAAAUUCUGUAAUGGGAGAAUACAAAGAGUUCCGUAUAUCAAAGGGCAAAAAGGUUUUUGAGAUACGCCCUGAUAUGGAAUGGGAUAAAGGUCAUGCUUUAAAUUAUUUACUCGACGCCCUAGGAUUCGGCUCUUCUAGUGAUGUCCUCCCGUUGUACAUUGGAGAUGAUCGAACAGAUGAAGAUGCAUUUAAGGCUAUAAGGGAGAGGGGAGAUGGUUAUCCUAUUGUUGUUUCAUCAAGUCCGAAGGACACCAUGGCUUUAUACUCUCUCAGGAACCCAUUGGAAGUCGAGAAAUUCUUGUUACGUUUGGUCAGGUGGACAAAAAAUUCUUCUUCGGCCAAGUUUGGUGCCUAAAUUUAGAGGUCAAAAACCCAAAUUGGUGCCCAUAAACGUAGCCUAUGCAUAUUCUAACACGAGUUGGCAGUCCUGUGGUGUUAAUGUUACAAGGAAAAUAACAUAGCUAGUUUUCUUUUCUUUUUCCUUUGCAAAAUAGGGUAGUGUCCCUCUAUAAUUUGAUCCAACAUGACAUUGCAAGUGAAACUUGAUGUCUACAAAUCAGGAGCAGAUGAUAUAUUGAGAGAAACGGAGCAUCAGAGAACUGUAGAAAAAUUUCAAGAGGUUGAGAUACGGGUCUUGAUAUUUGUUCUCUCUCUCUGUCAACAUAGUGUAAAUUUUUUUAAGUGGGAAACAGGGUGUAAUGUAUAUUUGAAGAAUAUAUGGUUACAUCCUAAAUGAAGGCGUCAUUUUUAUUCA